AUGAAGCUGUUUGUCUUGGUGGUCGUUUCCCUGCUGCACCUGGGGCUGUCCGGUGCCCAGGAUGCAGGCUCCCCUCCAGGCAGCCUGCAGGACAUAGUGAGGAAGAGCUCACUGAGACAGAAGGUGUCCCUGUUAAACCCAGUGCUGGGAGGAAAGGUCCCCCUACUGUCCAGUAAUGGUCCCAUCCAGGGUCCAAAAAACCCGCCUGAGUUUGAGGACGACCAACAGAAGCCUGCUCCAUUCAUGUUCGGGGACAAUGUCAACCUGCAGUGGCUGAGCUGGAAUGGUUCUCUCCCCACCGCAGCUAUGGGCAUCUACAACGGCUACACCGAACGCACCGACUACAUCUGCAAAUACAACUGCGAAGCCGGCUUUUACACUCCUAGCAAGGGCCCGUACUGCCAAUACCCCUACGGUGAGAGAGAGUACAAAGCCUCAGAGUUUGAGAUCCUGGCCAACAGAGACAACUUUGAGUUUGUUGAGUGGAAGGAGGACUCAUACGGCUCGGUGCCCAAAAACUCAGUUAGAACGUGCUCUGGAGUGGGCAUCUACGUUGGGAAGAACAAGUAUGGCUUGGGGAAGGUGGUCCCUCAGUUCAAGGCUUUCUUCUUGCCCUGGGAGGGCGAUGAGUACUGGUACAAGAGCUACCAGGUCCUGGCCAUCAACAGAGACGCCUACACCCAGCAUAUCUCCCACGUCAAGUAUGGCAUUGAUGAGGUGGAAAUGUUCCACUACCCCCCUGAGACCAUGCGCCUCUCCGGCGUCACCAACAACGAGUGCCAGACGGUAGUGAAGACGGUGACCAUCUCCAAGACGUCAGAGGUGGAGAGCACCUGGAACAUCGGACGCACCACCAUGCUGGGCAUCACCGCCGGCAUCACAGCCAAGAUCCCCCUGAUCGGCUCCGCAGGGGUUGAGUUCAGUGGGGAGAAGACCCUGCAGUUCAACAGGGGCACCACCAUGGUGGAAGCCCUCAGCCACUCUGUGUCGGUGGAGCUCAAGGUGCCACCCAACCACUCCUGUAACGUGCGCAUGGAGGGCCGUAAGAUCACCGCAGACAUCCCCUUCACAGCCAGGCUGAGCCGUACAUACCGCAACGGAGAGACCCAGUGGACCUCCAUCUCUGGGGUGUACGAUGGCAUUCAGAUCGGCGAGAUCCGGGCCGUGGUGGACCGCUGUGAGCCUGUCGUAGACUCCAAACCCUGUCCUUAAGACCAAACUGACUCAUUACUCUAAACCUAAUAAAUCUAUCUACACUCAUAAGUGUACAGUAUAUGUUCCAAUGUAUAUGGUCCGUAUUUCCUGUAACUUCCAAGGCUAUACCAACACUGAUUAAUGUGAUGUAAAUUUUGCACAAGU